AUGAUUUCAGGAAUUUUUGGAGAUUUGCAAUUAGCAGAAAUUUCAAUAACAGAAUUAAGAAAAUAAAAAAAUUUAAACAUUGAAUAACCAUAAAAAUAAUAAUCAAGACAAUCAUAAAUAUUUUCAUAAAAUAAUUUUCAUAUUGAAAUAAAAAGACCGAAUUUUGAUUCAAUAUAACUUAAUCAUCCCUUACUUUAGUUGGAUUUAAAUGAUAUUCAAAAUUCAAAAUUGUAUAUUAAUAAAAAUAAAUUAGUUUCGAAAUUAAUGAUGAAAAAUUUAAUGAACUUAUGAAAAACAAUUUAUAAUAUUUAGAUAAAUACUAUCUAAAUUAAGAUUAUAAAGUAGAUUUAGAAAAUAGAGUUUCUCAAACAUAAAUUGCUUAAAUGAAUUUCUAAAUUAAAAAUAAUAAUUAACCUAUGAUUCCCAAUGAUACAAAUGUAAGAAAAAUUCGAGCCAAUUAAUAAUUAAAUCAACAAAAUCAAAAUUCACCUCUUUAUCCAUUCCUUGGCAAUCAAAGUUCUGAUAAUGAUAAGUAUAAUAAUUUUUUCAUUUUAAAAUAGAACAAUUUCAGAAAAAGAUUAUAAUGAUAUAAUUACUUACUUUAGGCAAAAGAAUAAUGAGAUAAGUAGAGAUUCGGUAAAAUUCUAUAUAGAAGCAUAUGAUACUAAAGAUCCAAUGUUAUUAUUUGAAUUUAUUAAAAAUGAAAAGUGA